AUGGCUACUGUACCCAUCGGCGUCAUCAUCUCCGGUCGUCCAGUCCUUACAGACGCGCGCGCCGUAUCGGAAACCCAAUUUGCGUUCCAAAUCCCGUCCCAACCGUCCUUCUCGCAUAUCGUCGUCUUCCUACUCCCCGGUAUCACGUUACCAGAUGGCACCGCCGCCGCCGUAUACGCGCAACUACCUGGAGCAGCACAAGUCAAGCUCUUGGGCGCAAUCGCAAACGAGAAACCCAGCGCGAUAUUCAAAGUCAUAGACAAAGCUGGCGGACCAGCAGGCGGGGGCCUUGGCGAUGAAGAUGUCAUGGUAGACGAGAGCAUGAACGGCAAUGGUGUGCUUGCACUGGGCAUCUCCAUUGAGCCGGCGCAACAAGUGGCAGCUGCGUUGGAACAACAAAAGGCGCAAAAUGCUGCCGUUGCACCAAAGACGGGCAACGAGAUUGUUCUGAGGGGCCAGGCAACGGUGACGACAAAGGUGCUUGCGCAGAGGAUCAUCAAGAAUUGCUACGACUUCUUGACAAGCUGGGGCAGUGGAGAUACGGUGCCCUUGAAGGCAUUCCAGGCCUGGUGGACAAAGUUUGAGAACAAGAUUGAGAGGGAUCCUGGCUUCUUGGAGAGGAGCGAUGGUGGUUGA